ACAGUUUAACUCCUCCUUGCCAGUGUGAUCAGGUCCGCCUCCUGUCCGCGGUGCUCCAGCAGCAGAUGCCGGCUGCUCUUACACUGAGUACACUCCUUCUCUGGACUCCAAAGUAAUCUACGUUCAUUGUGACUAUAUGAAAGAUGACCUCGCGCCCUAAAGCUUAAUCUCGCUAUUUGAUGACAUUUUUGGACACACCUCUCUGAUUUUUGGAGCCAGAAUUAGGCCAUGAAAUUUUCUUGGCAGCUCAAUUAAUUGGUGACAGGCUGUGCCUGCAAGCAUACUUGCAACGUUACUUCUCUUUCGGUGCUCUGUGAGCCUCACACCAUGUAUAAGUUAUGCAUUGCCAUCUUAAUGUGCUGUGCGUGUUUUCCACGGGGCUCUGCAGCGCCAAAGACCUGGGGUGCAGAUCCCAGGUCACAACCUGAAAGCAAUGCAGAGCAAAAUGACAUGCUGCAGGAGGAGGUAGAUGGCCAGGAAAGCAUCCUCUCUAAGCUGCUGGGUGAUUAUGACAAAGUGAAAGCCCUCUCGGAAGGCUCUGACUGUCGGUGUAAAUGUGUUGUCAGACCCCUGAGCAGAAGCGCCUGUCGGCGGAUAGAAGAAGGGAACGCCACUGCGCAAGACUUCUACACUGUGGAGACUAUCACAUCUGGACCGGAGUGCAAGUGCGCCUGCAUCGCUCCUCCGUCAGCGGUCAACCCAUGCGAGGGAGAGUUCAGGCUGAAGAAACUUAGGGAAGCUGGAAAAGACAAUGUCAAGUUGUCCACCAUCCUCGAGCUGCUGGAGGGUUCCUUCUAUGGCAUGGAUCUACUGAAACUGCACUCCAUUACCACUAAGCUUGUGGAUCGUGUGGAACACAUUGAAAAGGUUGUGUCUCUGAACCACACUACGGAUGAAGUGAAGCCCCAGAGGAGCCCUCCCAUCCAGGCAGAUGUGACUGAAAGUCCGCCCACCUCUCCUCCCCACCAGCAUCAAGACAAGGAGAGACUCAGUGAGGUCAGCAGAACAGCAGCCUAUCAAAACCCAGAGGAAAAGUAUGAGGAGGAGUUUAUUCGGGAAAAUCAGUCCUUCCUACACACAGACAAUUCUGCUCAGAUCGUUGAGGUGAAAUCUCAAGUGACUCCCAAAAACAAGGCUAACAAGGAGGCAUCUCAAGUGUCGAAGACUGGCCCUAAUGGAAUGAUCAUCAGAGGAAUGACUUUUUACAAAUCUGAGCCAGAUCCAAUGGUGGCUGAUGAUGGGGAGCCUGGAGAUAACUUUUUUGAGUAUCAUGGAUUCAGUGGAGAUGGCCCAAUCAACCUCUUCAUUGAGGAGAAUCUUCUCCAACACAGAGCCCCUCGCCCUAGGACAAGGGCGGGACCAAGAUCAAUUCGACCAAAGAUACCAGGUCCUUUGCUCAUUUCCCAGAAGACCAGCCAAUCGACAGAACCGAAAGAAACUGAGCCCACAGCAAAAACUCAGAAUGAGUCCAUCACUGCCAUGGAAACUACUUCAGUGGAUGUUUCUACAGAUGUACAGAGUGACACAUUCACAACAAGAAGCAUCACGUUUGGACCAACUACAACCACACAGAAAAUCAGGACCAUGGACACUGCACCUCAGACUACUCAAUGGAUGGCUGAACCAACCAGCACCUCUACAAAUUUAAGCACUGAGGAAACAACCAAAACUUCAAUGAACACAAGCCAACCACCUGAAAAGACAGCCACAAAGGAAAUGCUAACAGCAUUCACAACAAGAAAUACACCAACCACGAUAUUGCAAACCUCUAGCCUGGAGCUGAAAGAUCAAAUGCAAACCAUACCUGGCAGCACUGCAGGUAGUCCAAGCACAUUUGCAUUAAACCCAACCACAGAGGCUUCAACUGCCAGCACUACUGUCCCUACAACCAUCACAACCCACGCUGCCCCAACAUCAACGCCAAUAAAUCCCACAACAGCUUCCACAACAGCUACCUCCACACAGGCUGCCACCACAACACCAGAAGAAGAAACUGAACCAACCGUCUUUUCAAGCUCUACUUUGCCUCCUACCACACAGAGACUGACCACCUUGCCUCCCCACACUUCUAUGCCUUUUACCACACCUAUGACUACCUCUUCUUCUACCACCACCACAACCACUCCUACCACCACCACCACCACCACCACUACAACCACAACCACUACCACUCAGGCUGCUCCAGUCAAAUGGAAAUACAAAAUCAGCUGGGAUGAGAAAGCAGAGGAGGAAGGACACCCAGAAUUAGAUGAGCCAAUGCAAAGGCAGGAGGAAUCUCCUCCGAGAAAACCUGGGGAGUGUAAGGACACUCUGGCAACAAUCUCAGAGCCAGUAACUCACAACACCUAUGGCAGGAAUGAAGGAGCGUGGAUGAAGGAUCCAAAGUCUGAUAAUGACAAAAUUUAUGUUACAAACUUCCAUUACGGCAACAACCUCCUGGAGUUCCGCAACCUGGAGGUUUUCAAACAAGGCCGUUUUACCAACUCCUACAAGCUUCCUUACAACUGGAUUGGCACAGGCCACGUGGUCUACGAUGGGGCCUUCUACUACAACCGUGCCUUCUCCCGUGAUGUCAUCAAGUAUGACCUGCGCAAGCGUUAUGUGGCCGCCUGGACCAUGCUGCAUGACGCCCUGUUUGACGAGUCAUCAUCACCGUGGGAGUGGCGCAGCCACUCAGACAUCGACUUUGCCUUGGACGAGAGCGGCCUGUGGAUCAUCUACCCGGCACUUGAUGAUGAGGGCUUCUUACAGGAGGUGAUUGUCCUUAGUCGCCUGAACCCCUCAGACCUCAGCAUGCAGAGGGAGACCACCUGGAGAACUGGGCUCAGGAGAAACCACUACGGGAACUGCUUCAUUGUGUGCGGCGUUCUGUACGCUGUUGACAGCUACAACAAAAGGGACGCCAACCUGGAAUAUGCCUUCGACACGCACACAAACACUCAGAUGAUUCCCAGAAUGCCAUUCACCAACAACUAUACCUACACCACGCAGCUCGACUACAAUCCCAAAGAGGGUGUAUUGUAUGCGUGGGACAAUGGACACCAAGUCACAUACAACAUUAAGUUUGCCUAUGUAGACCCUUAGUAAGGGUGUGACAGUAGUUAUUUUAAAAGUUAAUGCUAUGGUUUGAAAGGAUUGUAGAUCAGUCCAUGUGGCCUUUGGUAUAUUUUGAUUAAAUUGUUUGGUUCUUGUCAAGAUUUUCUUUUUAUUGUACCUGAAAUAAAUGAAAAAGUGAGCCUGAUUCCUCAGUCAACACAUCAAGUUGUACUGUAUAUAUUGUAAUACUGUAUAAAAGCCCUAUGAGAUGAAUGUACAAAGAUGUCAUGGCUUAGGUCAAACAAAGCUAUUACAAUUCACAUAAAAGCAACAAUUCAUACUCUUUGAACAAAUCCCAAACUUUUGUAGACAAAUUCCAUUCUGUUUUAUACAUAUUAUUUUAUAUUACAUUUUUCUUCGCAUCGUAUGCCACAGGUCCUUUGUCACAGAUAUUGCUGUUGAUCUCUGUAUUGUGAAAGCACUUACUCCCACCAUAUCAGACUGUUUUGAAGAGACUGCAAUAAAGUUCGGAAAUACUAACUGAAAAUGUCUUGGUUUGGCUCAUUAUAGUUUAGAUCAAAGUGGGUUUAAUUACAGCGUGCAAAUGUUAAUUCAACAUUGGAGACUGUGAACAAAGACAAAAAUUUAUUGUACCUAUUCAACAAAAAACACAAUGAAGCACUUAUAGGAUUUCUCCCAACAACCCAAAGGAUAAACAGGCAGGUAUACUUAGAGAAAAUCCAGUGUUUAUUUUGGUUUAUGCACAUAAUUUAAUACAAAAAACAAAACCUCACAAGUUCUUAAAUUGUCUUCGUUCUUUUUCCCCAAGUACUGCUGGGAUGCAGUGAAAACAUUGCGGGAAUCAAAUAUAUUUCUAAAACCAAAAGGGGAUAAAAAAAAAAUAAAAAACACACAUA